AUGUAUCUACAAGUCAAAGUUACAAACGAAGAUAGCAAGCUCAUCCGUAUGUUGUGGCAGGAAGCAGGAUAUCCUCUCGCAGAGUAUGGAAUGAAUACCAUUACGUUCGGAACCACAUGCGCCCCUUUUUUGGCUACUCGGACGUUACAACAGUUGGCAGAAGACGACGGUGAGAAAUACCCACUUGCCAAGCAGGCAGUUAAGGAUUUUUACAUUGACGAUUGUUUAACGGGUGCUGAUACGGUGGAAGAAGCAAAGGAAAAGCGGCAGCAGCUGACUUCUUUGAUGCACGGUGGAGGAUUCCCAAUCCGAAAAUGGGCGUCCAAUUAUCCCGAAGUUUUGGCGGAUAUACCGGCAUCAGAGAGGGCGUUAGAACCAGUUCACCAGCUAGAUCCUGAGUCAUCAUUGAAAACUCUCGGUGUUAGAUGGCAAGUACGGGAGGAUCUUUUUACCUUUGAUGUAGCGGUCGAUCUUGAGCAGCCGCAUUUCGUCAAACGUGAAGUGCUCUCAACCAUUGCAAAAAUUUUCGACCCACUCGGGUUAAUUGGCCCAGUAAUAGUCCUCGCUAAGACGUUCAUGCAGGAACUUUGGAAACUAGACAUUGACUGGGACGAACCUCUUCCGGAGAAGCUCAACCAUCGCUGGCGAAUGUAUCUGAGGUUCCUCAAGGAGGUUUGGCGAAUCAAGGUUCCCCGUCGUUGCAUUGGAAUCGACAAACCCGUACGGAUUUACCUGCAUGGAUAUUGCGAUGCUUCCGAGAUGGCAUACGGCGCCGUGCUCUACCUUCGAGCUAUUGACGCAGAAGACAAUGUGAGUUCCCGAUUACUCUGUUCAAAGACGAAGGUGGCCCCAAUCAACCGACCAACCAUUCCAAGGCUGGAAUUGUGUGCAGCGAUGCUUCUCAGCCAACUAAUCAAAACAGUAAAGGGGACUCUACGAGUGAGUAUUCAUGGUACGGUGGCGUGGAGUGAUUCUACGACUGCGCUGGCAUGGAUCGCAGGAGAUCCAACACGAUGGAAAACGUUUGUCUCUAACCGAGUGGCAGAAAUCAACAAUGUUAUCCCAUCGGUCAAUUGGAGGCAUAUUCCUGGAGAACGCAAUCCAGCUGACCUACUUAGCCGAGGAACAGCACCAUCAGUUCUCGCCACAUCUCAAUUAUGGUGGCAUGGUCCAUCUUGGACACCAAGUGAUGCUGCAGACUCCGCGAAAGUAGUGAUUACAACAUCAGAGCAACGCAUAAUCGAGAAGUAG